CACUCACUCACAAAUCAAACUACAGACGAACAAGAUGUGGAGCUUUCUCUCAAAGAGUUAGUCUACUGUACUUGGAGUUGGUCUAAAACUUCAAACAGGACAAACUGCCGUAAACAAGACGACAAGGCGUCAGACGAUCGAGGAGUCGGAUCCAUCAAGGAGGAUGCUGCGAAGACCUGCACCUUCACACUGAUCGGACUCGCCUCGUGAGGGGCCGCUGCAUCCCGUCCAUCUAUUGGCAUUACUUUACGAUAUAACCUAUUUAUUAAGUAAGGCUUCUGUUUCAAUCUUUACAUUCAUCAGUAUCAGGAUUUUCAUCAGCUGUACCUUGCUGGUCAACGUCACUUUUCAACAUGAUCAACAUCAUUUGCCGAGGGUAGUUGAGAGCAAUGGCACUUUUUUGUCCUAAACCCUGUGAACUGGAUAUUUGCAUCUCACACAUCAAGUAAAAGUCGAAGAUCAUUUUUCCGUAGUCAAGAUGCAACUUCUUUCAGCUGUUCUGCUCCUUUUUUGUUUCCACAAGGUCACGUGCAGAAGGGUCCAGAUUCCUGAGGUGGGCCUUGGGGACUGGGGGGAUGCUGAAAACAAGAAGAACCCCUCCCCCAAAAGUGCCAGCCUUCGUGUUCUCAACCCCCUGCGCCUUUUCGCCAGGGGAUCCCCUGGGCUCAAGAGCAACAUGAGGGAGAUAACGUAUUUGGAAAACAUAGAGGACUCCUGGGACUGGUUAUCUAACCAGACAGAUGUUAGAGAGGCGCACAGCAGGACUAGACGCAGACCUAUCGUGAAAACAGGCAAGUUCAAAAAAAUGUUCGGCUGGGGAGACUUCAACUCCAACAUCAAGACUGUUAAAUUGAACCUCCUCAUAACGGGAAAGAUAGUGGACCAUGGAAACGGUACGUUCAGUGUAUACUUCCGCCACAACUCCACGGGUCUGGGGAACGUCUCCGUCAGUCUGGUGCCGCCUUCUAAGGUGGUGGAGUUUGAGAUCGCUCAGCAGUCAACGCUGGAGACCAAAGACUCCAAAUCUUUCAACUGUCGUAUCGAGUACCAGAAAACAGACCGCAGCAAAAAGACUUCACACUGCAGCUUUGACCCGUCCAACGUGUGUUACCAAGAGUCCACCCAGAGCCACGUCUCCUGGCUCUGCUCGAAACCCUUCAAAGUCAUAUGCAUCUACAUUGCUUUCUACAGCGUUGACUAUAAACUGGUGCAGAAGAUCUGCCCAGAUUACAACUAUCACAGUGAAACACCGUACGCUUCCACAGGUUAACGUUCAUGUGGUACAAAGCUUGGUUCUUCAACGGUGAUGUUCAUGAGAAACAGAUCAUGGUCCAACCCGUUAUCACAUGUUGACGUCGAACCUCAUUUUUUUCCAUCUGAUUUAAAAGCUAUUAAAACACAUCCAGAUGUUUUGAAUAAGGCUAAACUACUGUAAUGUGCUUCAACCUUUGCUAUUUGUGAUAAAGCAGUCACAAUGUUUUACUAGCUAAACAUUGACCCAAUCUUUUAACAGAACACUUCCCAUCCUGCUCAGAUUGGAUUGGGAGGGAGUUUUUUCUCUCCAGAAAAACACCAUCUCUUGCUAUUUGUCAAACUAAUAAAUCUCCGACCCACAGAGGACAGAGUAUACAGUAUACGCAAAACGCCUAUUCAUUGUGCGCUUUAUGUGUGUGUUAGUACGUAUGUGUGUUAUAUUGAGCAACGUGGCCACUUUUUGCACUGUUGUUUAGAACAAAAUCGUGGAAACUGUUUCAAUGUGAAAAAAGCAAACAGUCAUCUGAAUUAGAGGUGCAAUCGGGUCAUUUCAUCCAGCGAAGACAUCGCAUACAAUUUGUUCUUAGUCAUUUUGUAUUUCACAAAAGAUCUGUUUAAAUUGAGAUUGUGUAUAACUUCAAAGAGUAAUUUGCGACGUCUCACGAGAGCACAAUUCAGUGGACAGGUGGAUUUAGUGGAUCUGGCAGCCGGUUAACAACCCUUUGUCAUGGUCUCGCCACAGAGAUCCACAUUUCCAGGCUCUAAUUAACAUUAAUUAUAGUGGGAAAUUUCACUUACAAACCAUGACAGAAGGGACUGAAGCCAAAAACGUAAAUUUAGCCUGUCAGUCAUAGCAAAGCUCUAUUCACGCCAGUGACUUUGGACUGGAAUAGAACUCUUAUUCUUUUGACUGAUAUUUGUCCUCGAGAGGUGAUCUCAUAUCACACGGUUGCCAAUUUAUGCAAACGCUGAAUAAUAGAUUAGAUUAAUUUAAAAGAAAAGAAAACAAUAAAGGGCCAUUUCAUUUAUUUUCCGAGUAUACUUCGUUCUUUUAAUUUGAAACAGUAUGUACAUAUGAACUGAUGUUGUUUUUGUUUACAUUUUAGUCUAAUAUCACAAUGAACCAGUUGAAAUGCCAUAGUCUGAUAAUCAGAACUGCAAUUCUCAGGUUCCAUAUGUGUGUGCCAAAUAGAUGAUCCAGUUUAUUUCAUUCUUCCCAUAUCAGGUGAAAUAGUCAGAAUCAGACAGAUAACUGCAUUGAUCACUCCGCACCACUGUCUUGCCACUGUACUUUAACAUCAAGAAAACGUCAAUAUUAUGAUAGCUGUUUAUAGCUGUAUUUAGUUGAUAAUCCAGUGUGCAAUUUUGUGAAUAGUGUAUAAAUGUGACAAUAUAAAUCGUGUGUAUUUUGCCUUUCAAGAGAAAAAAAAGAGUUUCUUUAAUCUCAAACGUAGUUUCAAUACAGUAUGAACUUUUCCUACUUUUGGUGUUUUACAGUUAUUGCUAAUAGACAGAUUUUGGUGAUCUGGCUUGUCACGGCUUUAAUUUCCAAAAUGCAAAUUGUGCUUUAUGUUUGUCCUCUCUGUAAAAUACAAAAAAAACUAAGGAAAAUGCUUGAGUUGUCAGCUUUCUUUAUGAGUUAUACGUGACCCAUUAUGGUACAUCACUGUCCUUCCAAAACAUCGGAUGUCCAAAUUCCCUGCAGGAUGACAAAACACUGUACAUUUUGAAUGAUUAAAUACUGUCUAGUCAAAGUUGACAAGCACUUUAUAAUACUAAAUUGCAUAAAUAUUUGCAAAACCCAGUGACAAACAAAGGGUGACUCAUUAAAAACUCUAAAUAUGGAAAUACAAGGUUUUACAAAGACAGCCGUGAUAUGUUGUAACAAUUGUGUAUUUUUUGCCAUUUGAUUAUUGGACAUAAAACGGAAAUUAUGAAAUAAAUGGAAAAAAAGAAAAUGUUGGCAACUUAAUUUUUCAUUAGAAAUUUCUUGUAAUGUUUCUUUCUUUAAUGCUACUGUCAGAUCUGCCAGCUGAGUGAAUCUUUAUUAUAAUACAUCAAGUUUGUUAAAAGCACAGAACAAACUCAUUUAAUAGGAAUUCAAGGAACACUUCAUCAUAUGUCUUGCCUCUGUGUGACCCCAGAAAAAAACCUACAAGACAAAAGUAAAGGCCAUGUGGUUGCUUUAAAAAAAAAAAAACGUUCUUUUUUAUGUUCUUGUUCUUUUUCAUAAUAAAAGUAAAGGAAAAAAUAAGUUGCCAUAUGACAACACUGUACUGCGG